AUGGAAGAUGAGAGCAAGAUGAAGAUGAAGGAGAGAUUUGGCCUGAGGCGGGACAUCUUUAAGGAGUUCCUGGCGGAAUUUCUGGGGACAUUUGUCCUGAUACUCUUUGGAUGUGGUUCAGUGGCCCAGACGGUGCUGAGUAGAGGGGCUCUCGGGGAGCCUUUGACCAUCCACAUUGGUUUCACUCUGGGAGUCAUGAUGGCCGUCUACAUGGCAGGGGGGGUGUCAGGAGCCCACCUGAACCCUGCAGUCUCUCUGGCCAUGGUGAUCGUGGGGAAGCUUCAUAUUAAGAAGUUCCCUGUGUAUGUGCUGGCACAAUUCCUGGGGGCUUUUGCUGGAUCCUGUGCUGUGUAUGGAUUGUACUAUGAUGCUUUGAUGGAAUAUACCGAUGGAGAAUUUGCUGUUACUGGUGCAAAUGCCACAGCCAACAUAUUCGCAUCGUAUCCUGCAAAACAUCUCUCCGUCCUAAAUGGGUUUGUUGAUCAGGUGAUUGCCACAGCCGCUCUGAUCCUGUGCAUCCUGGCCAUCACCGACAAGAGGAACAUCGGUGCUCCUAAAGGCAUGGAGCCUCUCUGCAUCGGGCUCAUCAUCAUGGCCAUCGGGGUGUCCAUGGGUCUGAACUGCGGAUAUCCCAUCAACCCGGCACGGGACCUCGGACCACGGUUCUUCACAGCUGUGGCCGGGUGGGGGAUGGACGUAUUCAGAGCCGGAGGGUGCUGGUGGUGGAUCCCCGUGGCAGGACCCAUGGUGGGCGGAGCCGUCGGAGCAGGUGUUUACUUCCUGUUCAUUGAGUUGCACCACACCCAGCCUGAAAAACUGGAUGAGAAAAAUGCCCAGGACAAAUAUGAAAUAAUAACUAUGAGUUAAAAUUAAAAAAAAUUAAGGUUGCAAAGCAAAGCAACCACACUGAUUCAACAACUCAUUUUCACACUCAGAAAGCAAAAAAUAGUUUAAAAGAUAAAUGUACAGUUAGUAUUUUAACACAAAACAUGCACCUGACUACACCAUUUUAUAGUCAUAUAUAAAAUAUCCAAAAUGUUUUAUAAAGCCUUUCUUUGUAGAAAAUCUGGUCUGCUUUAGGUUCCGAGUUUAUUUGCCUCUGGCUCUUUCAUAUCAAAAAUAUUAAUCAGAUUAUUUUAUGCCAAGUUUAAACUACCUGAAAUGAGAACCUACUUUGGAGAUUUUUUAUCAUUUGCCAAGUUUUCUGUACAGCAUUUUGAUUUGUACUAUUGCCUACCCAACAAACAAGGGCAUUACAUAUAUGUAGCACCAUGAAACAGUUGAUUUAUAUUAUUGAUAAUUUAUAUUACUUUAGCCAAUGUCUUACAGUUAUGAUGUGUUUAGUGGAGUGACUUCCUGAUUCAGUUUCACUUCACCCCUUGCUUAUGCGUUAAAAGAGUGCGAUUGAUUGCUUUAUCUUUCUUGCAGAAUUGUAAUUUUUGUAACACAUUUAUGAAGAAAAUACAGCCUUAAAGGAUUUUUUGGCAUUGCUUAUUUAUCAUUCAUCUUCAUAAUUUUGUGUCACACAAACUUCUGUUAUUUUGCUGUUUUACAAAUUGACAGACACCCUUGAUAUUGAACAGCCAUAACUUCACAUGAGACAUAUAAAUGUCUGCUUUCUGCAAAGAUGUUUAUUUUGUUUCCAGCAGAAGCUUUUGCAGAAGUCACUGAGAUCCUUGAUGGAUUGUGUCAGUGCACUUGCUGUAUCAGGGGCAAUAGGCACACACUGACUGUAUCUGUUUACAUUUAAAACUCUUCUGAGGUCAGGUAAAAUGACUGUUUCAAAAUGUAUGAGAUGAACAUGCAUUUAUACAUACACUAAUUGUAACACUGUUUUGCAUUGGACUGAAUGUCUUUUUACAACACAGGCACUUGUUUGGCAACUUGACAAUCCCAUGUCAUGCUUUUCUGGU